AUGGCAGGGCGAAUGUACAAUAACAGUAGUCCUGCGAAGACCCCAGCUGGUAAUAAUGGAACUCCUAACGAUUCAGGAAACAUGGGGAAUCAAGAUCAGAUGCAUGGUUUUGAUAGGAACAGGAAUCAAAGCACUGGGCCCAUGAAGCAGAAUAUGAAUCUGAACCAAAUGCAGCAACGGCAACAGUUUGUGAACUAUUUCAAAAGCAUGCAAAAUAUGAUGAUGAAUCAACAGCUUCCCGCAGGGGUUAUGAACAAUAAUAUGGCAGGGCAAGUACCUCCACAACAACAACAACCCACCUUAGACACCGCAGGAACUCCUUCAAACAUGCCACCAAAUAUGCAAGCUGCACAACACCAAUAUUUACAACAAAGACAAACACAAAUGGAGCAGGCUCUUAACACACAGUUUAAAGAAAAGGCUAAAUUUAUGAUGGCGAGACAGCAACAGCAGCAGCAGCAGCAGCAACAACAACAACAACAACAACAACAAUCGCAGCAACAGCAGUUGCAGUUACAGCUACAGUUACAGCUACAGCAACAACAGCAACAGCAACAGCAACAGCAACAACAGCAACAGCAACAGCAACAGCAACAGCAACAGCAACAACAGCCAAAACAAUUAUCGAUAAAGAAGAAAGACUCAAUUAACCAAAAUAAUGCAAGGUUUUCUCGUCCAACUACACCAGUGUCUUAUGUACCGGUCUCUUAUAAUAUAAAUCAAAAUAUGAAUAUAAAUGCCAACAUGAAUAGUAGAAUACCUAAUGUAAUUCCCGUGGAUAAGGUACCGAUUGAAAAGAAUAUACCAAAUAAUAUAGAGCAGUCGUCGCCAUCAUUGCCUCAAGUAAUGACUUUGAAUUCUACUGUAAAUUCUAAUAAGUCAUACAUAGAUCCGACAAGUCAAAUUAAUUUAAACAACACAAGUGAUUUGGGAGGACAACAAACCUUGUCUUAUCCUAUCAGAAAGUAUAUUGCUAAUAUAGCUUCUAUGAAAGUGUAUGCAUUUUUUGAUGCAAUUAACUCUUCUUCUAAUCAUUCUGAUGUUCUUUCAUAUUGGAAAGAUAAGGUUCAAAAAUUCUUUUCAGCCAACAGUACUAUAAAAUUCAUCAAUAAACACAAAGAAAUAGCCCACCAAGUUUCAUUAAGCUCCUCGUUGUUUCCGCUGUAUAACGUCAUGUUAAGUAAUUGUGAUAUUGUUAGGGUGGAAGUUACAACAACACAAUUGAGAACGCAAGUUUUGAGCAAUGGAAAUAUAUAUUUCAACUGCCCUCACUUAUAUAUUACUCAUCAUUAUUUAGACGGCAGUUAUGUUAUGCAUUUGGCUCAAUUAAAGGGCCUAUUUGACCCUUCUUUUAAGUUUGAUUGGAUUGAAAUCUCUUAUCAUAAUUUUGUUCCCGGGAUAGAGUGGAAUUCGUUAGAGAGAUUAAUCAAUGAUCCUAAAGCCGCCAGUAAGGUAUUUGGAUCCAUGAAAUUCGCAGACACGAAAAAAGAAGAAUUGCGUACCGACGGACCUGUAGAUUCGAAGCCUGUGAAUAUUGAAACAAUCCAGAAUUUAAGAUCGAGCUUCAUUGCCUUCCAAUCCAUAACUCAAACAGGACUUCCUGUCGAGGCCAUGAAAGGUAUCCAACUAGGAGAUGCAAUGACAUCUUUAUCCAGUCUGAUGAUGUUUAGAAAGAUUCAAAAUAUAAAAAGUCCUACAGAAGCUUUAAAAAAAUAUGUUAGUGUCAAAAGUAAAGAUAAGCAUACCGUUGGGGUCUCUUCCAAUAAUAAUAAUGUUUCCAACCAUAACAACAUCAAUGGGAUUCAGCAACAUACAAGAAGUAUAGGUUCAUAUAUCCAACAGAAAUUUAAAUCAGAAGGUAAAAAACGUAAAAAGAACCCAGAACCAAAUAUUAAUUCGACUAAUUACGUCAACAUGACCGCGAGAUAUGGAAAUACAUCUAUAGGAUCCCAGAAACUAUCAAGUGUAUCUCAGAAGUCAAGUCCAAAGAGGAGACGGACAAGCGGGAUCUCUCCAUACUCUACGUUGAACCUAAAUCUGUCAGAAGAGAGUGAUAUUACAGCAUUGAUGGACGGGGAGCCAACUAAUGAUAAUGUAAAGAAAACUUGA